ACUCUCCCCCGGAUGCGGCUGCGCAAUGGGGAUUACUAGUCGCUACGGCUUUGGAACGAUGGGAAUGAGCUAGUUGGCAGUUUAUCGCGAGAAGGGGUUUUCCUGCUCUCGCUCGAUCUCUAUCGCGCGCACCUGAGGGAGAGUGCGGGCGGGGUUAUUUCUUCCCCUUAGCCAGCGGCGCUAUGGAAACUGGAGGCGCCGUGUGGUGCGGCGUUUUGUGGUAGGCCGGUGCAGGGAGGCGGAAGAACAGGGUCUUGACCCUGAAUCUGCCUUUCAGUCUCUCAGUGUUAAAUAGUACAGCUGAUUUCCCUUGUGAGAAGUCCCGUGGAUUUUGGGAGCCAGUGUGAUUGCAAAGAUGAGUCCUGCUACUUCCAUGGAUGAAGAAGAAAAGGAUACCUUUAAAAUUUUAGUUGCUACCGAUAUUCAUCUUGGGUACUUGGAGAAGGAUGCUGUACGUGGGAAUGAUACAUUUGUAACUUUUGAUGAAAUCUUGAAACUUGCUCAAGAUAAUGAGGUGGACUUUAUUUUAUUAGGAGGCGAUCUCUUUCAUGAAAACAAACCUUCCAGGAAAACAUUACACACUUGUUUAGAAUUAUUAAGGAAAUACUGUAUGGGGGACCGUCCUGUACAGUUUGAAAUUCUGAGUGACCAAUCAGUUAACUUUGGUUUUAGCAAGUUUCCUUGGGUGAACUACCAAGAUGGAAAUCUCAACAUUUCUAUUCCAGUUUUUAGUAUUCAUGGCAACCAUGAUGAUCCUACAGGGGCAGAUGCUCUUUGUGCUUUGGACAUUUUAAGUUGUGCAGGACUUGUGAAUCAUUUUGGCCGAUCACCAUCUGUAGAGAAGAUAAAUGUUAGUCCUGUUUUGCUUCAGAAAGGCAAUUCCAAAAUUGCUCUUUAUGGAUUAGGAUCUAUUCCAGAUGAGAGGCUGCACCGAAUGUUUGUGAAUAAACAAGUAACCAUGCUGAGGCCAAAGGAAGAUGAGGAUAGUUGGUUUAAUCUAUCUGUAAUUCACCAGAACAGGAGUAAACAUGGAGCCACAAAUUAUAUUCCAGAACAGUUUCUAGAUGAUUUUAUUGAUCUUGUAAUUUGGGGUCAUGAGCACGAAUGUAAAAUAUCUCCCACCAGAAGUGAGCAACAACUUUUCUAUGUUUCUCAACCAGGAAGUUCAGUGGUUACAUCUUUGUCACCAGGAGAAGCUGCCAGAAAGCAUGUUGGCGUGCUGCGCAUCAAAGGCAAAAAAAUGAAUAUGCAAAAGAUUCCUCUCCAGACAGUGCGGCCUUUUUACAUUGAGGACAUUGUUCUUGCUGACCAUCCAGACAUCUUUAAUCCUGACAAUCCUAAAGUAACACAAGCAAUACAAGCUUUCUGCAUGGAAAAGGUUGAAACUAUGUUGGACAAUUCAGAAAGAGAACGUCUUGGAAAUCCCCGACAACCAGAUAAACCUCUAAUAAGAUUACGAGUAGAUUAUAGUGGAGGCUUUGAACCGUUCAGCAUUGUGCGUUUCAGCCAAAAGUACAUGGACAGGAUAGCUAAUCCAAAAGAUAUCAUACAUUUUUCCAGGCAUCGGGAGCAAAAGGAGAAAAACGAAAAUGAAAUUAACUUUGGCAAACUGGUCCAGAAGCCUGCAUCAGAAACAACUUUGAGGGUGGAGGAUCUGGUCAAGCAAUACUUCCAGACAGCAGAGAAGAAAGUGCAGCUUUCCCUCCUGACUGAGAGGGGAAUGGGAGAAGCAGUGCAAGAGUUUGUGGAUAAGGAGGAGAAAGAUGCAAUUGAGGAGUUGGUAAAAUUCCAGCUAGAAAAGACUCAGCGGUUUCUGAAGGAACGACAUAUGGAUGCAGAGGAGGCCAAAAUUGAUGAAGAGGUGCAACGCUUUAGAGAAUCAAGAAGAAAAAAUACCACGGAGGAGGACGAGGAAGUUCGUGAGGCUAUAAACAGAGCCAAAGCCCACAGAUCUCAGGGCGCUGAUCGUGCUUUUGUCAUUAGUGAUGACGACCUCAUGGAUGUGUCAACCUCUGGUCAAAAGGCUAAUGAUGAUUCAGAUGAUUCUUUACCACCCAGCUGGGGAAGAGGCAAAGGAAGAGGUCGGGCAAGAGGUGGCAAAGGGCAGAGCGCAACAGCAAGAGGAGCACCUCGACGAGGAAGAGGAGGCCACUCUGGCCAGGACCAGAUGAAUAGCAGCAGAACAUACAAGCCUGCAUCCACCCCUACAAAGAAUAUGUCUAUCUUGGAUGCUUUUAAAUCUUCAAGACAGCAGCCCUCCCGGAAUAUGCCAGCCAAGAGUUACUCAGAGGUAAUUGAAGAUGAUGAUUCUGAUUUGGAAGAAGUAUCCUUUACUCCUCUUUCCAUUGCAAAUCAAAGAUUAUCAAGCACAUCAACAUCUAACAAAAGGAGCUCACAGAGCCAGGCACCAAGAGGAAUAAACUUUGAUGAUGAAUCAGAUGAGGAGGAUUUAUUCAAGAGUACAAGAAGAAGCAGGCGAUAAUUUCAGAGACCACUGUACGGAGGAAUAAUGCAGAGAAAGACGGUGGGAAACCUUCUGAAAUUUUGUAAAGGAGCCUUAUGGUGUAUGCAGCUUUUCCCAAACAAUUUCACUGUUAAUUAUAUGUUGCCUGAAAUGCUUUGCUUCCUUGGAAGAUUGUCACUUAUUCUCUAUAUACAGUAUCACAUAAUGUGAAUAAGAAUACUCAAUUGUAAUGGCAGUUGUAGUAGCCAAACCAUACUCCCCCACCUCCUAUUGAAUUAAAAUAGAGGAAAUAUUUUUUUUAAAAUGAGGUGUUUUUUUCUGUUGCUAAGAAACAUUCACGGAUUUCCCCCCAUUAUCUUUUUUUUAAUAUUGCAGAGAAAUAAACUGGAACUGCUGUGUAAGUGAACAGACACUGUUCUUGCUUUUUAAGUUGAUUAAGUCUUUUACUUUAGUCAUAGAAGGAAUGCUGCAUGACCUAAAAUUGAUCUGGAGGUGUUCAGUAUUGAAACUUAAAUCUAGGUUGGUUGCAUCAUGUAAGUGGAGGCAGUAAGAACAGCUUGCUGAGCCCUUGGAUAUGAAAUGUGACUUUCAUUCUGAAACUAUAAUCUUAAAAGUAGGAUUCAUUACGAGGAAUCUCAGAACAUACAGAAUAGGAUAAUACCUCAUUCCAUAUGCUUAAGGAUGCUUUCCUAGGAAUUCCUAGAGCUGGUUCUGUUGAGCUGAUGCUUGUUGUAUGCCUGUAAAUUGUCAGAACAGUUGAGUUUUAUUGAUAUGGAUAGAAAAUAGCCAAUUGCAAUGGUAUAUGGAUAAAAUGCCAUGGUCCAUCUGGCAUUUCUUAUUUUUCUCUUUGCCCUCAGUAUUGUAUCUCUGCCCGAAAUAUGCCUGUUGUUUCAAAGACUUUGGAAACAUCUGUUCAGAAAAGGAGUACCUGAAGAUAAAUUCCAGCAUUACACAUUGUGGGAGUGGUUCUUAAGAACCACGUUGGUCUUGAUAAAUUUUGAGUGGUGCAGUAUAUUUUUACAUGGAAAGUCUAUUCGCAGUCGGAUUAUGAUUAUAUUUUUAGAGACAUUUUAACUGUCCUAGAAAAAAAACAUACAGAAGAACUAAGAAUGUUAUAUUUGUGAUAUUGAACAAUUAAAUAUUGAAGUUUUUUAAAAAAUUA